GAUAGAAAUGGACCUACAUUAUUAAAAGUUGUAGCAAGACAGAAAAAUGAGAGUCGCAUGUGAAGACUGAAGAGAGGGAAAAUCUAGAGAGAGUAAAAAUGGCGGACGCAGCAGUAGAGUUCCUACUGAACAACCUCAACGACCUGCUGGUCUACCACACCCACUUGAUUACCAACACCAAGAGCCAAGUCGAGGACCUCGAGAAGGAUCUCCGCGUCUUCCGAGCCUUCCUCAAGGACUCCGUGAAGAAGCGGAGGAAGAGCGAGGGCAUCCAGAUGCUCGUGCGCAACAUCCGCGACGUCGUUUAUGAGGUUGAGGAUCUCAUCGACGCCUUCGUCACCCAGGCCACCGAGAUCAAGACCCAGAAUUACAUCCUCAGAGCUUUCAAGUCGCCGGUCAGCCUCCACGACAUCGGCAGGCAGGUCGAGGCUGUGAGGAAGAAGGUCGAGCAGGGCAGGGUUGACUUCUCCCUCCUCAUCGUCGCCGAUCAAGAUAAAUAUGAAAAACCUGAGGUUCGGCCUCCAAGGCAGAAAGAUGUGGUUGGUUUCGAAGAUGUGAGCGCAGAGCUAAUACAGAGGCUGACUACAGAAACUGAGUAUUUGGAUGUGAUCUCUCUGAUUGGAAUGUUUGGGCUUGGCAAGACGACUCUGGCAUGGAAGAUUUUCAAUGAUACAGACAUCGUCUUCCAAUUCCCCAUCCGUAUUUGGCUCUCCAUUUCACAGCAGUUCUCAGACAAGGACAUCUUCCUCGCCAUCCUCGAAAAGUUCACCACUCUAAGCGAGGAGUUACGCAGCAAAGACGAGCAUCACUUAUCCCAAAUGGUUGCCGGCCAUCUCGACAACGGGAAGUUCCUCAUCGUCAUGGAUGAUGUCUGGUCUACUAAAGAUUGGGACAGGUUGAAAGUCGUUCUGCCUCUCAACAAUAAGUUGGGUAAAGUCUUGAUAACUAGCCGCGAAGAGGAUCUUGGUAAGUACGCUAGUCUCCCGAGGGAUCCCAAAACGCUGCGUUUCUUUACUCAGAAGGAGAGCUGGGAGCUCCUCCGGCUGGAGGCACUCGGCCAGCUCGACUGCCACCCUGAUCUGUAUAAGGUCGGCCAGUUGAUUGCAAAAGAUUGUAAAGGAUUGCCACUCGCCAUAGUAGUGAUCGGGGGCAUCCUCGCCACCAAGGCCCCAGCCUCGGAUUUGUGCGCCAUGAGAAGGGUGUGGGAGAAGGUGUCGAAGCGGGUGAGCACGCAUCUCAACGAGGACCCGAGAGAUCGCAUGAACCAGUUCAUAUCUUUGAGUUACGACAAACUGCCAUACCACUUGCAGGCAUGCUUUCUCUAUCUGGGGAUGUUUCCCGAAGAUUAUGAGAUUCCGGUCUCCAAGCUGAUCCGCAUGUGGAUCGGAGAGGGAUUCAUACAGCAUGUGAGGGAGUAUAGCUUGGAGGAAACUGCAGAGAAGUAUUUGGAGGAUCUUAUCAACAGAAACUUGGUCAGAAUUGAUAAGAUGAAACCUAAUGGUAAGAUCAAAACAUGCCGCAUUCAUGAUGCCCUGCGCGAUUUCUGCAGAACUAGAGCCGGAAGCGAGAGCGAGAAUUUCCUUGAGGAAAUCAAGUUUAGUGACGGAGUUUUUGAGCCUCAGAUCUCCGAAAUAAAAAACUACCGUCGCCUCGCCGUUCAUUCCAACUGCUUGAACUUUCUCUGUUCGAAGCCGUUUGGUCCUCGCGUCCGCUCAUUUGUUUGUAUCCCCAACGACGAAUUCAUCUUACCGCAGGCACAAAGUUCGGCCAUCCCCGCGGCUUUCAAAUUGCUCAGAGUUUUAGACGCCAAACCCAUCGUGUUCACUAGAAUCCCCAGUGACAUGUACCAACUGGUGCAUCUGAGGUUCAUUGUCUUGUCUUUCAACCUCGCAGCUCUUCCGGCAAAGUUCAGUAAGCUGUGGAACAUACAGACUCUUAUAGUCAACACGACAUCUCGCACGCUUGACGUCAAAGCGGAUAUAUGGAAGAUGAAACAGCUAAGGCAUUUCAAGACGAAUGCAUCCGCCACCCUGCUCAAGCCAGGCAGGGAUAGCGAACACGGGGCAGAGCUUCAAACACUAGGCACAAUCUCAGCAGAGAGCUGCACUGCUGAGCUCCUGCACCGUGCCUCUAGUCUGAUCAAAUUGGGCAUCCGUGGGCGACUGGCCGCACUCUUUGAAGGAAAGGUUGGAUCUUUUGAAAGUCUGGUGAAGAUGAGGAAGCUCGAGAAGCUGGAUCUGAUCAACGAUGUGUACCCUAAGCCAGCCUCAGAAGGGCAACUGGUCGUCCUUCCUCAACAUUACCAGUUCCCUUCCACUCUCAGGAGCCUCACGCUGUGUGCAACUUACCUCAGAUGGAGCUACAUGUCUACCCUUGGAUUGCUCGAGAAUCUCGAGGCGCUCAAGCUCAAAGAUAAGGCGUUUAUGGGGAGGACUUGGGAGGGAGUUGGGGAGCGGUUCUAUCGCCUCGAGUUCUUGCACAUUGAUCACACGGAUUUAGGUGUUUGGGAGGCUUCGUCGCACCAUUUCCCUAGGCUUAAAGGCCUCGUGCUGCGCAACUGUGAGGAGCUUCUUGAGAUUCCAAUUCAGCUGGCUGAGAUACCGAGCUUCCAAAAAUUGGAGUUGCAUAUCUGUAAAUCUGCAGCUCCCUCUGCAAGGGAGAUCAAGGAGCUAAAGAAAAAGAAACAGGCAGUAUUCAACCUCUCCAUUUUUCCAGCUAAUGAUGAAGUUUCUUGACAGUUUGCAGUCAAGUUAAAAAUCUGGCUUCCUUGAAGAAGUCUAUGUAGAUCCUGUGGAACAAGCGCUGCUUGCAUUUGACUCGAGAAGAAAAUGCCUUCGCCAUCUGUAUGUGUGUUUUUUGUGCUUGACGGCUACUAGUUUUCCAAUCACGGUUUUUUAAUGAGACCAACUCACUGAAUUCGCUAGGUAAUGUGGGACUUGGGGAUAUUGUUACUGUUGAUUUAUGAUUAGCGUCUUUCCCUAAAAAAAGAAAAAAGGGGUCUGACUCACUCAGUCUUUGAGCCUUCGUUUGUGACAUCUUGUUGUAUUAUGUUUUUCGCACUUAGUUUGAAGAAGGCUAUUUCAAUGUAUAUGAACGCUCCCGUAAUGGAUUUGGUGGCAACAUACCUUCCAAGAA